UAUUGGUGGACGAAUAAGUUUUAGAUCGAGUUAUCUAAUAAAAACAAUAUGGCGGCGCCCAUAACUACAGGUGGUUUUCCAUUGAAAAGUAAACAGAAAGCAUUUGAUUUGGAUGGUGAACCAACUGAAGUAUUGUGUUGUCAUUAUGAAGACUAUGAUUUUAUUCUUGCGACUCAGCUGAAUAAGAUGGGAACUAUGGUGGAAGUGACAAGAGAUUUAGUUCUACAGGAGAUGUCUACAGCCCGGCCCUCCUACUCAACCCGAGUUCUCCUGGGAGUGGAUGAGCCUCUGACACAUGUCAUUGCCAAGAAUCUGCUUUCAAAACUGGAUACAACAAAGAAAGUUCUUUUAGCCUUCUCCCUGAAAGAAAAUUCUCCAAGUAUAAUCCAGAAAUUAAGUGAGGUCAUCAAAACUGUUGUUGAAUGAUCUACUCAAAAGGCCAGCAAAAAGGGACAUGAUCCAAACUGUCCCACAGUGAAGAAUGAGAUGCCUAAGGAUCAGCUAGCUUCCGAUAUCAGUCAUAACAGAUGAGAGCUCGGUGGUCUUUUACCAAGAACUUGACUAGAGAUUGAUUGCAUACAUAUAUUUGGGUUGUCUUUCUUGCUCUUUACCAGUGGAAAGCAUAAAAGUAGUCACAUUGACUCAC